AUGUCGCCAAGGGAGAAGAUCAAGACUCGCUGGCGGGAUCUAGUUCCAGCUUGCCCAUGGUCAAUCGUGCCUCGUCUAGCGCAACGUUAUUAUCAGAAGUGA